GCGGCCGCCACCGCGCCCCUCCGCCACGGCGUGCACGUGACCUCGGGGGUCAUCGCCUGCACGGUGUGACGCUGGACAGCUGGUUACUGUGUGUCCAGGAGCUGUGGGUUAGAACAGCUGGUGAACCUCGUCGCGAAGCCGGGACGGGAUUCAACAUGUUUUGGCGUGAGCUUCUUGCUUGUGUGCUGCUCUGUCAUGAAGAUGUAACAGCGAAUUGGGAUGAUUGGUGGACCUACGAAGGAAUAUCAGGUCCCGCCUACUGGGGUGUGUUCAACCCGGACUGGCACUUCUGCGACCGCGGCCGCCAGCAGUCACCCAUCAAUAUCGAUCCGUACAAGCUGCUGUUCGACCCUCUGCUGCGCCCGCUGCACCUCGACAAAGUGCCGACCCGCGGUCGCCUGAACAACACGGGCCGGCUGCUGAUGUACCGCACCGAGGAGGGCGACGGCUGGCCGCCGCUUAACAUCACCGGCGGCCCGCUGCUCUACACGUACCGGCUGGCCGAGAUCCACAUCCACUUCGGCACCAACAACCGCACCGGCUCGGAGCACAAGAUCCACGGCUACACCUUCCCGGCCGAGCUGCAGCUGUACGGCUUCAACUCCGAGCUCUACAAGACUAUGGCGGAAGCCCUGCACCGACCGCAGGGCAUUGUAGCGAUCUCCAUCAUGGUGCAGAUAGGCAAGACUACCCAUAAGGAACUGGAGAAGAUCACAGGAUGUCUGCACCAGGUUCAGUACAAAGGCUCCACGUGCCCCAUCGAGGGCUUGUCGGUGCGAGGCCUGCUGCCCCAGACGGAGCACUACAUCACAUACGAGGGCUCAACCACGCUCCCCGGCUGCUGGGAGACCGCCACCUGGAUUCUCAGCAACAAGCCCAUCUACGUGACGCCACAUGAGCUUCGCAUCAUGCAAGGUCUAGUUCAGGGCUCUAAAGAUGAGACAAAAGGACUGCUGGGAAACAACAUGCGACCGCUGCAGCCGGUACACCACAGGACUGUGCGCACCAACGUCAACUUCUCCAAUGCUGGACAGAAACUGUGUCCGUCCAUGCAACAUCAGAUGUUCUACAAAGCCAAUUGGCCAGGUCGGUGACCUGCGCACCGACGACAGCCGCGGCCUCGGAGCGGAGCCAUGCGGGUCUUAGAUGCGAACUCAACAGCGGCGAGUUAUUUUGUCCCAGGUGUAUUGAAUGCACUGUGCUGUUCAUAUCAUGGAGCGUUGUGGCAGGUAUUGCCUUUUUGUAGCAAUAAAUGUGCGUAAGUGUGAGACAGUUGAUGUGGCUGUGUGUGCAGUGUUACUUGAAACACUUGUGCGGCCGUUGAUGUUGCUGUGUGUGCUAGACGAUUGAAAACAUGUAUACGGCGUCCCGAAACCUUGAGUUUCAUUUCCAGUAAUGCUAAAUAACCAGGAAACCAGCUUCUACAAUGUCUCUUUAAAUUACCGAGUCAUCGGUUUCAAAAAGGUGUCAAAGGAUAUCACUGUCCGACAUUCUCAUAAUUUAGCCGUGUGCCAUGUUAUCACAACAGUUGCGGGGUGUACUUUAACAAAAUGCUAUUGUUUCCGUGUCUGGAAGAAUA